GCAUUGUGGGUAAAUGGUGACUGACUGAUCUCCAAAUAAUAAUCAGUAGUUAAAUAUGAUCCAAGGUCGAACAAGCCCAUUAUCUCUAGAAAGGGCCGUCUGGUAAACUCAUGGAUCGGUAGGGCGACACCACUGAGGUAUAAAGAACGGCGCGACACUCAUUUUCUGUUAAUUCGGCGCCAUCUUCUGGACACCAAAAUCAUUAGUGGUCUGCAAUCAUCUAGUCUGGUCUGAUGCUGUUUCCGGUUUGUGCCUGCACGCCGAUUUUGUGAUCUACGGUGGAGCUACGUUUGUGUUUUCCAAAUAAACCCGGCGGAUUUGAACGAGUCUUUUGUUGUCACCAUGUCCACUGCCCUCGAGAGCUACAUCAACCGUACAGUGGCCAUCGUUACAUCUGACGGACGGAUGAUAGUGGGCACCCUGAAGGGCUUUGACCAGACCAUCAACCUGAUUCUGGAUGAGAGUCAUGAGCGUGUGUUCAGUUCCUCUCAGGGCGUGGAGCAGGUGGUCCUGGGACUAUACAUCGUCAGAGGAGACAACGUAGCUGUUAUUGGGGAGAUUGACGAGGACACAGAUUCUUCGCUGGACCUGGGGAACAUCCGCGCUGAACCCCUUAACUCUAUAGUCCACUGACGUCUCACGCUGACCCCUCAACUCUGGUGUGCUGACCCCUACACCUGAGUGAUUGUGUGUGAAAGAGAAAGAUAGAAAUAGAGUAGUGUUUCAAUUUUCACCACCUACUCAGCAAUAACUGAUGUCCCUGUCUGAAGAGCACAGUUUAUCUUCCCCCAUGAAGGACCCAGGGGACUAAUAAUAGGAUGUUGAUGAAUUUGUGGUGGUAUUUUUUAAUAAAGUGUGUUUUGUUUAACAUGAA